CCCGCCCUCCGCUCAGGGCCUCACACUACUUGCUGUCAGGCAGCACCGCGGACGCCUCUGCUCCACGGUGAUUGGCCGGCUGCGGGGUCCUCACGUUCGUCCAAUAUGGCGGCGCCCAGUGGCGGUGUGAACUGUGAAGAGUUCGCCGAGUUCCAGGAAUUACUCAAGGUGAUGAGGACAAUUGAUGACAGAAUAGUACAUGAAUUAAACACUACGGUUCCAACAGCUUCCUUUGCAGGGAAAAUUGAUGCCAGCCAAACCUGUAAACAACUUUAUGAAUCUUUGAUGGCAGCUCAUGUCAGUAGGGACAGAGUUAUAAAGAACUGUAUAGCCCAGACUUCAGCAGUAGUAAACCGUCUCCGAGAAGAGCGAGAGAAGAAUCUGGAUGACUUGACGUUAUUAAAGCAGCUUAGGAAGGAGCAGACGAAGUUGAAAUGGAUGCAAUCAGAGCUAAAUGUCGAAGAAGUGGUAAAUGACAGGAGCUGGAAGGUGUUUAAUGAGCGCUGCCGAAUUCACUUCAAGCCUCCAAAGAAUGAGUAGAGAGUUUUUUUUUAAAGACCCC